UUAGAGUCCAGUCCGUUAACAGAAGUAAAUCAAGCCAAACCAGUGGCUGUCCAAGUGAUCAGUCAAUACCAAUACAAUCGUCUUCGAACUUCUCUGCAAAAUCUCUCCAAAGCAUCACCCAAUAUCCCUAAUAUACUUAUUGCCUUUGUGGCUACGUCAACAUGAAACGCAAGUUAGACGAGAAUAAUGAACCUGCUUCAGCGGCAGACGUAAAAGCGUCCAGCGAGAGCGCCGAAGCCACUCCUCCCACCUUCGCACAUCUCGGUCUCGACAGCAGACUCCUUCAAGCCACAGCCCGUCAAAACUGGCAAACACCCACACUGGUUCAGAUCAAAGCUAUACCAUUGGCCAUUGAUGGCUGCGAUGUGUUAGCAAAGGCCAAAACAGGCUCAGGGAAGACUGCCGCUUACAUCUUACCCAUCCUCCAAGCCAUCCUCAAGCGCAAACAGACUUCAUCCGAUGCGUUUACUGCCGCUCUUAUCCUAGUUCCUACCAACGAAUUGGUAACCCAAGUUUCCAAGGUGCUCGACACCCUCACUUCUUUCUGCUCUAGAGAAAUCAAAGUGUCCAAGCUAUCCGACAAGCUUUCCGAUGCCGCCCAGCGCGCCGUUCUCUCUGAUUCUCCCGACAUAGUAGUGGCAACGCCUGCAAGAGCAUGGCACAACAUCAAGAACUCUACGAUGUCCGUGGAGAAACUCACGCACCUGGUAUUAGACGAGGCCGAUCUUGUGUUGUCAUAUGGCUAUGACGAAGACUUACAGAAUGUGGCGUCCUCGGUACCUAAGGGACUACAGACAACCCUCAUGAGUGCAACUCUAACCUCAGAAGUUGACACUCUUAAAGGGCUCUUUUGUCGGAAUCCAACGGUACUAAACUUGGAAGAGCCCGAGGAGAACAAAACUGUUUCUCAAUACGUAGUAAAGUGCGGUGAAGACGAAAAGUUCCUCCUCAUAUAUUGCAUGAUCAAACUCGAAUUGGUGAAGGGCAAGGCAAUCAUAUUUGUCAGCGAUGUCGACCGAUGCUAUCGGCUCAAGCUAUUUUUUGAACAAUUCGGAAUACGGAGUUGCCUCUUGAACUCAGAAUUACCUGUCAAUUGUCGAAUUCACGCCGUCGAAGAGUUCAACAGAGGAGUCUACAAUAUCAUCAUUGCCUCCGAUGAAAACGAAGUGAUAGGCGAUGAGAAAGACGAGACAGACCCAGACAAGGAAACCGAGAAUGCUGGCCUUGAAAAGGCCGAUGAGAUCCCAGACAACAAUGGCGAUAAAAAGGUUACCUCUACACGAGCAAAGAAACGCAAAUCUGCACGACGCGAUAAGAACUACGGAGUAUCUCGAGGCAUCGACUUUAUGAAUGUGGCAGUGGUAAUCAACUUCGACCUCCCCCUAACGUCUCGAUCAUAUCUCCAUAGGAUCGGGCGAACCGCACGUGCCGGUCAAACUGGCAUGGCAUUAUCUUUCGUCGUUCCGCAGGACAAAUUCCGAAAGCACAUGCCCACCAGCAUCGAAACAGCAGAGAAUGACGAGAAGGUACUGGGUAAAAUCAUCAAGCAGCAAGCUAAAAGGGGUCAGGAAGUCAAGCCAUACAGCUUUGACAUGAACGCCGUGGAGGCAUUCCGCUACCGUAUGAACGAUGCUCUUAGAGCUGUCACCAAAGUUUCCAUCCGAGAGGCUCGAUUACGCGAACUCAAGCAAGAACUACUCAAGAGUGAAAGCUUAAAAAGGCAUUUCGAAGAGAACCCCUUGGAAGUCCGCCAUCUUCGGCAUGACGUAGAGCUUCGAACAGCGCGAAGCCAACCUCAUCUCAGACAUGUUCCCGAUUAUCUAUUGCCCAAAGACGGGAAGAAGGCAAUAACGCCCACUGAUGUCGGAUUCGUACCUUUCAAGAAGGUACUUGAUGGAAAGGGCAGAAAGGGUAGGAUAUUCAAGAGCAAAGGCAAGAGGUUUGGCAGUCGUAAGAGUGAUCCCUUGAAGUCUUUCAAGGCGAGGUCCAAGAAGAAGUAGGCCAACAAUCUGUUACAAUGAGUAGGCUAGAUUUGUUUUGGUAGUCAGUCCCCUAUAUAAAAUUAAUCGCACGCAAUGCGAUAAUAGAUACCCAUGAACAUAAAUGAAUGCCUACUUACCUACCUAC